CUCUGUUUACCUUAGAGCAAUACCAUCCAAAACCCCCAUAUCACCUAGAGUUGCGUGAGAGAAGAUGGCCUCGAUCCUCCGGCGGUAUAAUUCGCUCGCGAUUCGACGACCACUCCUCACAGGUGUGGUAUCAGCAGCGUUGCUCUUCGGUGCUGGAGACGUUCUCGCGCAGCAAGGUGUAGAGAAGCGAGGGUUAGCAAGACACGACUAUAUCCGCACAGCCCGAUUAACAGCAUACGGUGGUCUCAUAUUUGCGCCCAUCAUAUGCGGCUGGUACGGGAUUCUCGAACGUCUUCCCAAAGCGGUCAUCACCUCCCCUCGCUUUGGUGUCUUGCUCAAAGUCGGCUUGGACCAGUUCGUCUUCACCCCUGGUCUCAUCGCGGUAUUCUUCACAAGCAUGACGUUGAUGGAGGGCAAGGGGUCUGAGGAGGUAGGGCGGAGACUGCAUGGGGCGUGGGCUCCUACUCUCGUAAGAAACUGGGGGGUGUUCAUCCCAACACAAUUGGUGAACUUCAGCGUGGUGCCGCUCCAGCAUAGGCUGCUUGUUGUCAAUGUGGUCAACUUGUUCUGGAAUACGUAUCUGUCAUACGCGAACUCGCAGGCAACGAAGGAAGAGACAGUGAAGGCCUAGCUCGGCGAGCACGAUGUGUAGCAUAGCCUUUUUUACUGUACAGAAACACGCUAAGCGUAGGUUGUUCUGAGUUUCUCAAAUGACAAUUUAAAC